GGUAACGAAGGAGGAGGAGGAGGAGUUGAGGUAAACAAAAAUGGAGGAUAUUGAGAUCUUCUACUUUAAGAUCUUAUUUCGACAAUAAUCGUUCAAUAGCAGAGGAUCAGUCGAUGCUUGAACCAACACGACCAACGAUGAGGAGCAGUCUGGCUACUCUAGCUUCUAUGCCUGAGGAUGAGUUUGUGGAGCUGGUGUGGGAAAAUGGUCAGAUUCAUAUGCGAGGUCGAUCCGGUAGAACCCAGAAGGGUCAUUCAUGCACCACUGCUUCUUCCUUAUACCCUUCCAAUGCUCAGGCAGAAAAUGGAGGAAACAUGAUUUCGAAUGACUCCACUUUCUCAGGUUUCAUGGGUCACAGGGAUUCUGAUCUCAAAUUUACCCAUAACAAUUCUUCACCAAAUGGUUAUCAAUUCAAUUUGGGUCCCACAGAUUCCCAGCCUAGGUCUGCAAGGGGGGGGAUUCCCGAGCUUGGUAGCUCUAGGAAUAGCUCUAGGAAGGGGGACCCAUCUUCCUCGCAGAGCCAAGCAUCAGAUUUGCUUAUAAGACUAGUGAAUUCAAGCGAGACCCAAGUGUCAGUGGAUCAGCAUGAUAGAAGGCGUGGGGCACUAGUGUAUUUUUCCGACUUAAGACCUGCGGCUCGUUUUCAAGCAAAUAGUCGAAGCCGGCCGACAUGUGGUAGAGUGGUUUCAACAAGAGUUGAUGGGUUGAAAUAUUAUGGGAAAGAUGAGAGCAACCCCCUUGAGGCUGAGGCAGCAGCGAUUGAACCACCUAGUCUUCAGAAUCAACCACAGGCAGAUGUUUUUGGGCAUAGGAAUCAUAAAUCUGGCGAUCAGCUUGGAGGCCAAACAUCAAGCUUAGCAGCUGGAAAACCCAAUAUCAACAAGUUUGCUGAGCCACCCGUUGCAUCUUCUUCAGUACGCUCGUUUGGAGCUUCGAAUGACGCAUCAUAUUCUUUGAGGAGGACAUAUGAGGACACUGAGGAGUCGGCAUAUCCCAGCGAAGAUUUUACAAGGGAGGUUGAAGAGCCUCAUCAGGGUUUGACAAGCGGUACAAGUGCUAAGAGAAGUCGAACUGCACAAGUUCAUAAUUUCUCUGAAAGGAGGCGAAGAGAUAAAAUUAACAAAAAGAUGCGUGCAUUAAAAGAGCUCAUACCUAAUUGCAACAAGGUGGAUAAAGCUUCAAUGCUUGAUGAGGCCAUUGAGUAUUUGAAAACCCUUCAGCUUCAACUACAGAUUAUGUCAAUGGGAAGUAGCCUUUGUAUACCUCCAAUGAUGCUACCUACUAUGAUGCAACAUAUGUGUGCACCGCAUUUGACACAUUUCUCUCCCAUGGGUAUGGGAAUUGGUUGCAACCCAGGAGGACAGUUCCCUACUUCAGAAAUGCCCACAUUUCAAAUGCUUGGAUUUCCUGGUCAAGCAUUUCCCAUGUCAGUUUCACAUUCACCCUUCAUUCCUUUGGUUGGAAUGCCAGCUACACAAACAGUUGUGGCGCCCGGCAUCCCCGGAGCUGCCGCCUUUGGGGAACAUCUUGCUUCUGCUCCCCUAACCAGUUCAAAGGAUUCCAAUCAGAAAUGAUAUGAAGAAUGCAAAUACAUAAUGUUCAAAGAUCCAAUCUUCAAUUAAUUCAGGUAGCAUUUUUUUCCCCUUUUAAGUAUGAAAGGGAGCCUGCGAGGGGACACGCCGCCCCAAGCAAUUGAGGAAAGUGAAUAUAAGUAGGAAAGCAUAGAAUUUCUAAUGCCACAUUCGAAUGAUUAGAUUAGUAUUUACUAAUUAGUACUCUCUCC